AUGUGCUACUGCCAGUUUGGUGAGAUUGUUGUGCCGGAUCGCAGCGGAUGGGCCGUCUGCCAGUUGCCCAGCGAUUGCGACGAGGCCCCUCAGGGCUGGGCCGACAGUGAGGGUCGGACGUGCGAGACGUACACGUCGUCUGCCCUGUGCACGACUUCGGGGGGCUACGGUCCACAGUGGGACGUUGGGACCUUCUCUGACUUCGCUUCCAAGGGGGUAUCGGCUGACCAGGCUUGCUGUAUGUGCGGAGGUGGCGUGCCACCAUCGCCGACGCCGAUACCCAUUGAUGCACCCACCCCAGCACCUACGCCCGCUUCGGUGAGCGUCUCCCUGGUGGUGAGCAACCUCAAUUUCCAAACACUUAACCAGAGCAGCGGUCUGAUGGUGGAGGUAAAGAAUGCGAUCAAGGCUGGCGUGGUCAAAGAGAUGGACGGGUCAAUCACUCCGGACAAUAUUGACGUGCAGUUGUCACCGGGCCCAGUAUAUUCGAGACGCUUGUCAUCAAGCGACGCUGUCAUUGCGGAUGUGACCAUAGUGGACACGGCUUCCGCAGUCACAUCAGCGAUGUCGAGUCUGAGCGUUUCCGAUUCGCUUGGCAGCAACGUGGCCAGUUCCAUUAUGGAAGUCGCUGACGUCAUCGGUGCGGCCAUCACAGGCGUAAUCUCUGUCGCUGAUGUGAGCGUGUCCACUGUAACUUCUGGUUGGUACGACGGAGGUGAAAACCAGAGCUGCGACCAGGGUUGCCAGGCCCUUGGGCUUCAGUGUGCUCAAUGGGACCUCUUCUAUAAUAAUGGUGAUGUGGAUAGCAAUGCAGAGCUGAUUGGCAUAGUGCAGCAGCUCUACAGCACCAGCACAGCCGAGGACUGCACUGUAUCCAGCGAUGCCACCGCCCCAUCAUUUGGGGACUCUUCUUGUACCGCGUCCAGCCCAGACAGGACGGCAUCUUCAUUCAAUUGUUCAGUUGCUUCUUCUGGUGGGAUGCACCGCUUGUGCUACUGCUUCCCCAUUGGUGACUACACCUGGACGGUGCAGUCUGGAAAUUGCAAGAUCGAUGGCAAUGGAUGUUUAUCGAGCCCCAAUUACCCCGAAUGGUACGACCAUUUUGAUCAGUGCACCGUGCGCAUUGGUAAGCAGUGGACUGAUCAGCAUCGCCUCAGCGUGGAGGUUUUCAAGACGGUCAGCCCCUCCGACUACCUGGAGGUGAACGGCGUCAAGUUCUCUGGCGAUCUAGAGGACGUUUUUGCUGAGUUGCAUGCAGUGGUACCCUCUGGUGAUAUCACGUGGUCUGCAAACCUCCCACCAGCGCAGCUGGGAUGGAAGAUCUGCACGUCCAUCGACGCCGUUGAGGCACCACAGCCGAGAUGGAACUGUUCCAUCGAGGGGAGCCCGUGCACGUGCACACAUUGGCGGUCCGACAUGACUGUGGCGUGGCAGGACGGGGGCCACUUCAACUUCACAGCCGUGCCGCCCUUUGUGGAUGAGAGAGACCCGCUGUUGCAUUGGGAUAGCGACGGCGACUCGGACCUGCACGAUGGGCACCCCUACUGCGACCCGCUGGCGCUCACCGCCGAGGUUCCGCACCCGGCCCUGUGCGGCCCCUGCGACUGCGCGGCGGGGAGCCAGCAGGGGUACGAGGCCCUCUCUCUGUACCCGAGCGCCGGGCCGCAGUCGUACAUCACGUGCGAGCGGUGCGGCGUCGGCCACUUCAGCGCGGUCAGCGCCUCCCCCGCGUGCUCGCCGUGCGGGGUCGGGAGGUACACGGACCGCACGGGCGCCACGGAGUGCGAGCUUUGCCCGGAAGGCAAGUACACAGGCAAGAGCGGGCAAUCCGCCUGCACGGACUGCGCGGCGGGGAAGUACGCCAACGCGACGGGCAUGACCACGUGCGAGUCGUGCCCGGAGGGAUCUGCGAGCUUGGGCGGUCAGGGCUUUUGCGACGCGUGCUCUCCAGGGACGUACGCUUACCGCCCCGGGCUUUCUGAGUGCGUGCCGUGCCUCGUCGGGGAGUUCGCGCCAGACAACGGGUCCAAAAGCUGCGAUUCGUGCCAAUCGGGGAAGUUUGCGGCACAGGCGGGGUCCUCCCAGUGCGAGGCUUGCGACUUUGGUCGGUACGCCCACGACAGGGCAGCCGUCUGCACCCAGUGCGGUUUGGGGAUGUACGCCGACAGGUUGGGCAUGAGUGAGUGCCUUGAGUGCACCGUGGGCAGGUUCGCUGGAUCGUUCGGGAUGGACCUCUGCGAGGUGUGCUCGGCCGGGAGGUUCACGGAUCACAUCAAGAGCGACGCGUGCUCCGAUUGCGAGGAGGGGUCUUUCAACAAUGUCAAUGGGUCAAGCGGAUGCGAGCUUUGCCAGCCCGGAGAGUUCUCAGCCGAAGAAGGUUCGACUUCAUGCGAGCAGUGCCCGGCGGGGACAUUCAGCUCGAACGACGGCGCUGAGAUGUGCCUGAGCUGUCAGCGAGGGACCGCGUCCGCUGAGGGCGCGACCGCAUGCGACGUGUGUCCAGAGGGCAAAUACACCAACGUCGACGAGGCGUCCGCAUGCAUAGAGUGCGACAACGGAACCUACAACGGCGAGCAGGGCAGCGACAGGUGCGAGUGGUGCGACCCCGGGAGGGCGAGCGGCCGGGGGGCCACGGCGUGCGGGGACUGCGAGGAGGGCAGGUACGCCAACGGCUUCAGGUCCUUCCUCUGCACGGAGUGCUGGCCCGGGAGCUUCGCGGACGAGCCGGGGCUGGACAAGUGCAAGGCAUGCUCCAAGGGGCAGUUCGUCGGGGUCUUUGGCGCCACGGCGUGCGACGAGCAGUGUUCGCCGGGCACUUACGCGGAGUUCGCGGGCUCGGCAUCGUGCGAGAACUGCACGGCGGGGAGGUAUGCCGAGGGCGUCGGCUCGACGGCGUGCGAGGCGUGCCUUCCCGGCAGCUUCGGCGGGGCGGAGGGUUGGUCUUCCUGCUCCAAGUGCCCGAGCGGCUCGUUCUCCGACAAGAUGCUGGCGACGGAGUGCACGCUGUGCCAGCUCGGGCGCUCCGCGGGCGAGGUGGGCGCCGUGUCGUGCGAGAUCUGUGAGGCGGGGUCCUACAGUGCGCACCUUGGACAGUCGUCUUGCCUGGCGUGCCCCAGCGGAACGUUCUCGGGGCAGGAGGCGUCGGUGGCCUGCUUCGACUGCGAUGCGGGGCGCUGGUCUCACGCCGCGGCCACGGCGUGCGAGGACUGCGACGUGGGGAAGUUUGCGGAAAAUCUGAAGGGCCUGUACCUAAAGGCUGGCUUCAGCUACGCGGGCCCAUCGGCCUUCGUUCACGGGCAGGACCCUUGGCACGACAUGAAGAUGACGCUGGCCUGA